AUGAGCGAAGCUGGACAGAGCAGACGUACCGGUACCACUGAGCAAAACCUCUUGCCCCAAGGCAACAUCCCCAUGGCUUGUGACUGCCUGAAACAGCUCAACCACAACUCACGAGCCAAACAGCUGCACAGAGCAAAGGAAGUCCUCCUCAUCCUGGAGAGUGAAGCCUUUGAAAUUGUAGUGCGGCAUGCGAGAAACUACACCAACUCCAUGUUCAGAAACUAUUAUCGCAAUAUAGCUGCCAGAGCUUCUAAAUUGGUGGGGGAGUUUUUUACAGACAUAUCCUUGUACAUCAUGGGCUCAGACAUCAACGUCAAUGACAUGAUAAAUGAAUUCUUUGACAGCUUGUUCCCAUUGGUCUACCCACGCCUGGUGAAGCCGGGCUCACUGGAUCCUUCGCUGGAAAUGACCGAGUGCCUCCGACUUGCCCAGCGAGACCUGAAGGUGUUUGGGAACUUUCCCAAAAUCAUGAUGACACAGGUGUCCAAGUCUCUCCAGGUGACGCGAGUCUUCCUCCAGGCGCUCAACCUUGGCAUUGAGGUGGUGAACACCACUGACCACUUGAAGUUCAGCAAGGACUGUGGGAGGGCCCUGCUGAAGAUGUGGUACUGUGCCCAUUGCCAAGACCUUAUGAUGGUGCAGCCAUGUGCUGGGUUCUGUGGCUCUGUGCUGCAGGGGUGCCUGGCCAGCAUGGUGGAGAUAGAUAGCUAUUGGCAGGAGUACCUCUGUUCUCUGGAAGGGCUGACGAGAGGCAUGAGGGGCAUCUACAACAUGGAGCAUGUGCUUCUCAGUCUCUCCUCCUUGAUACAAGAUGCCAUCACGUACAUGCAGAAGAAUGCUGGGAAGCUGUCAGCGACGGUGAGUUCUCCUUCCAGUUUUUACAGACCAUUUGCUCUACAGUGGGAAGCAGUUCUGCUUCUGAAUACCAGUAACUAGAACCUGCAGGA